AAGAAUAUAAAAGCACUAAUACCAAAGAAAUUUACAUUAUUGUAUUACGAACACAAGACAACAUUAACAACUACAAAAUGAUUUCCUACCGUCAUCCUUACCAAGCUCUAUGGAAUGCUCAAUUAACGCCAUUCGUUCGUUAUAAUUACGCUGGCAUUGCAGAUUUGGAAGAAAUUACAACAAGAAAAAGAAAGUUUUCAUCAGACGAAGGAUCAGAUCUCGUGAAAUCCAAAUAUGUGAAUCCGAGGACUGAAGUUGCCAAAAUUUGUGAAGUUCCAAAGCAGUCAAAGCCAGUCGUUAAGGUGGACACUGACAAAAGAAAUAAGAAAAUUACCUCAUUUACCAUAGACUCAAUACUUGGACACUCGACCGGGGAAAGCCCAAGAAAAAAGAGAAAACUUCAACUUCCAACAAAUCCAACAAAUAGAAAAGAUGAUUCAAUUGAUUCGGGUUUUUCGUCAUCUGGAGAAAAUGAAGAAUCGGUUGUUGUUAGUACAAAUGACGACAGCGGAAUUUGUAUAAAAGAUUCCAAUGAGCAACAAAAACUACCAGACAAUUCUCAGUCUGCUCAACCACAGUUGUACCGACCCAAAAUAGAAAACAUACGACAGGCUUCGGAAAGGUUCAAUCACAUGUAUAUGCCUAUCAAUGGUGUACAUUAUUUUUAUCAAGGCUUCAACAGAUUUGGGCAACAAAACUCGAUGCCUAAACAUCAACAUGCUAUCUCACAUGCACCGAUUCAAGCAAUAGCUUCCGUUGACCAAGAAAUCCAGCUAAUAUCAACAACUUCCAGAUCUCAAAAAACAGAAACGUCUAAAAGGACAAGAACUACAUUUACUCAAAAACAAUUGGAACGUUUGGAAAUUGAGUUCAGCAAUCAUCAAUACAUGGUUGGAAUUGAAAGACGAACACUUGCUAAAAAACUCAGACUGACAGAUGCGCAAGUUAAAGUUUGGUUUCAAAAUAGAAGAAUCAGGUAUAGGAAUGAGAAGAAGCGCGAACCCGAAGAAGAAACCAAAAAACUCGAUAUCCUCAAACGUGAAGCGUUUGGAGAAUCUUAAGAUAUAUCUCUCUGUAGUAUCCAUUCAAGUUCCAAGAUUUUAUUGUUUUUUUAAAUCGUUUGUACAGUUAUUUUUGCCUGAAAGUUUCAUUAAAUAAAAU